ACCGGCAAGCAGUUUCUUUAAAUAACGUCAGCACGUCCACUCGCUGAUUACUCGUGCAAAGCAUCACUCAAGAGUCCCUGGAAGACGUAGUUACUGUAUCGUUGUCCAGUAUCUUAACCGCAGUUUUACUAAGUUUACAGAGAUGGCAACUGUGAAGGAACAGCUGAUCGAGCAUGUGAUGAAAGACGAGGCUUCCAUCCCUCGUAGCAAAGUGACAGUGGUAGGCGUGGGAGCCGUGGGCAUGGCCUGUGCCGUCAGCAUCCUCACCAAGGAGCUGACGGACGAGCUCGCCCUAGUCGAUGUGAUUGAGGACAAGCUGAAGGGUGAGAUGAUGGAUCUGCAGCAUGGAGGACUUUUCUUGCGCACCCCAAAGAUUGUCGCUGACAAAGACUACAGCUGCACAGCCAACUCCAAGCUGGUGGUGGUGACAGCUGGCGCUCGUCAGCAGGAGGGCGAGAGCCGCCUGAACCUGGUGCAACGCAACGUCAACAUCUUCAAAUUCAUCAUCCCCAACAUCGUCAAGUACAGCCCCAACUGCAUCAUCCUCGUCGUCUCCAACCCAGUGGACAUCCUGACCUAUGUAGCCUGGAAGCUGAGUGGCUUCCCCCGGAACCGUGUCAUCGGCAGCGGCUGUAAUCUGGACUCCGCCCGCUUCCGCUACCUGAUGGGAGAGAAGCUGAACCUGCACCCGUCCAGCUGCCAUGGCUGGGUCAUCGGGGAGCACGGAGACUCCAGCGUACCCGUAUGGAGUGGGGUGAAUGUCGCUGGUGUCUCCCUCAAGAAUCUGAACCCUGAUAUGGGCACAGACAAGGACAAGGAGAACUGGAAGGCGGUCCACAAGCAGGUGGUGGAGAGUGCCUAUGAGGUGAUCAAGCUGAAGGGCUACACCUCCUGGGCUAUCGGCAUGUCCGUGGCCGACCUGGUAGAGACCAUUCUGAAGAACCUGAGGAAGGUGCACCCCGUCUCCACCAUGGUCCAGGGAAUGCACGGUGUGAAGGAUGAAGUUUUCCUCAGCGUCCCCUGUGUUCUGAGUAGCUCCGGCCUCUCAGAUGUGGUCAAGAUGACUCUGAAAUCCGAUGAAGAGGAGCAGCUGAGGAAGAGUGCAGACACCCUCUGGGGGAUCCAGAAGGAACUGAAGCUGUAAUCAUGUCCUCUAGCUCCACCCCCACCCAACCCUCCCACAGCAAACCACAAACCGCCAGCAUAGUGGUUCUAGGGAGGAGCGUCCCUCUUCACAAUUACAUCAAACAGAGGCAUUUGUAUGUGUGUGUACGUGCUUUUCUGUACUGUUUUCGUCUUCCUUGCACUCCUUGUAGAAAAAUUAAUAAAAGGCAGUUUUAAACGGUUUUGCAUGCAAGUCGGCUCAUUUGGCGCCAAAACCAUUCCUUUCACCAUGUGCACUCCAAACACAGUAUUAAGCAGCCUGUAGCCAAUUUCAAACUGGUAAAAGCUUGUGAGAGGCCAUGGUACUAUACUGUACAAGAACACUGGCUGUUACAACUAAAAUAUGUAUUUUCCAAAAUCUAAAAGUAUUCAGGGGGUUGGAGGAAAAUUGUUGUAUUAUUCAUAUUUUGAUAUGUGAUUAUUAUUUUUUUUUUUAAUUUCAAUGAGAGGUUCUAGUUUUUUAAUUACAUCUCCACCCCCAGCAAACUUAAAAAUGUUACAAUUUGAGAUUUACAACUGGUUUUAGAUGGGUGGGGUAUGCAGGUACUGUGCAAACAAUAUAACAACAGUAUAGAAGCAGAUACGCCAAGUAUUUCACCGGUAGUAUUUGAACUUUUAUUUUUUUAUGAAAAUGAGUGAAAAGUUUGUGAGCCACAAAGUAAUCAACUUGCUGCAAACGUCUGGGCAAUUUUAGAUAAGGAAACGGCAGUCUGCUUUUUAGUAUUUUAUGUGUUCAUUUAUUGAAAUGUUCGUUGGAAGUUUUUUUUAAAUUUUGUCUUUAGAAGUACCCAUUGUUUCACUCUGUAUCCCAUCAUAUGGUGUUGCUGUGCAAUGGAAAAUGAAGUGAAAUGAACUAAAGAAAGCUCGUUGGCUGUCUUGUAUAAGCACCCGCUCCAGCACCAAAUAAAAUUCCAGGAUAAUCCAC